UGAAUACUGCGCUGGUGCUCAAGACAGGCGAGCUCCGAAAUAUCAGGCGAGUGGUGGCGGUGCUCGAACUUGCUCUAAGAAUUUGCUCUGAUCGUCAGCACUUCCAAACCAUGCCACUGCUGUGCAAUUCGUAAUCGACUUCACUUACUGGAUAUUUCGUAACUCAUCCGUCUUCACAGAAUGAAUAUCGAAACGAAAGAAGAACGCCAACACCUUGGAAAAAAACACCGCCGAUGUGAAGACGAUUUUUCAUUCGAAAUGCCCAAGAUUGAUGCCACGAUCUCCCAAGCACGAUUUCGAUGUCAUCUCACAAUCUCAGCUUUGCUGCAUUGGUUGGUGGCUGUCACGUAGCAAAUCAUCUUCACCCACAUAUCGGAAAUCCAGAAGCGUUCGGGUUUCGGUUAGACUCUUGAAGUGGCGGGGUGAAACAGCCGAAUUCCAAGGUAUCAAUUGCGGUGUGUAUGAAAAUGCGCUUGAUAAUCGAUCAUGCGGAUAUAUUGGGAGUCGGAUCUGACGUUCUGGAAGGUGAGGUUUAGUGAUGAUGGUCCUUGGAUCGGGAAUGAGGAUGAUCAGUGAUCUGAACUUGUUCCUGGAGAUUUCCGUUUGUCAAGGACGUGAGCUAAGUACCAAGAUUUUCCGAAGGUGCAACAAGGAUACGGAGGGGCAUUCGGAGGGAUGAGUGGUCAUCCGCCAGUGUUUGAUUAUCGUGCUUUUUCAAGGGGCACGAGGUUCUUCUUAGAGGCAGUUAACCCAAACCCUUUUCUGCGCUGUCAGUCGUGUGUCCACACUCCCAGCCUUUUACGGCCUCAGCUGGCACAAAGAUCGAAACCCUUCUCUAUCUCUGUCACUGCUUCUCGAUCACUCUCCUAAGGAAUUAUUUGCUCAAUUUCGUGUCGGAGCUUGAUGUGAGCGACAUUCGUAUUUAUUUGCUUGGAGCGAUGGCGUACUCUUCCUUUCGUCUUUGCAUGCAGAUGCAAAGACAAGUUGUUCGAGAACUUGUUUCCAGGUCGUAUUAUGAAUUUCGGGUAGCAGAGACAAUGAAGCCUUGCGAAUUCGCUAUGAUUCGAUAAGUUUUUGCCAUCACUCGAACGAAUUGAACGUGGACAUGGAGAGGAAGAAACCCCCCGCCCACGCUGGUCUAGCGGUUCAAUGGUUGUUCUUCAUAGUUUUUGUGGUGCAGGCGAAUGCUGACGACGGCUCUGCUCACACUCGCCCACAUUAUAAGGAAUGCAGCCUGGGCAAAGGGCAGGUCAAGAUAUACAAUUGUGGCAAUAUAUACGACAUUAACGGUACUGGCGUGGUUCAACUUCAAAACUUCAAAAUUCCUGCGAGGUAUUUGAUCAAAUUGAAGGACAACGAAACGUCAAGUACUGUCAAUGCGAUUUGUGAUCGAGCGGUUUCGCGUAAAUCUGAUAUGUAUUCAGGCACCUGCAUCUACAAUAUGCAGGUACACAACAGUUUGGCUUGGAAUGCUCAUUUUGAUCAACGGAGGCAAUCUGUCUCAACUGCUAUCAAAAGAGGCUACUUCUGUCGAUUUUGUGGAGGUUGAUGGAAAGUUGAGAGUCUGCGGGAGUACCGUGCAAGGAAAUCCUCCCAGUUGGGGCCUCGACCGGAUUGAUCAUUUCGCUGGUCAAAGUCUCUUGAAUGGGCUCUAUACUUCUACUUCAAGUGGAACUGGCGUUCAUGUUUAUGUACUGGACACGGGUAUAAGAUGCAGCCAUAAAGAGUUUCGCUAUCAGGAUGGGAGGCUUAAUAAGACAACAGGCAUUCCACUAUCGAGAUGUCUUGAUGGCUUUGAUGGUAUUCAGGAUGGAAACGGCACCAGUGAUUGUAAUGGUCACGGUACACAUUGUGCAGGUAUUGUGGGUGGUGUGAGGACGGGUGUCGCAAAAGACGUGUUAUUGCAUCCAGUACGUAUAAUGGGGUGCGAUGGAAGUGGCUCAUAUGGUGCUCUUAUCGCUGGUCUGGACUGGGUUUCAGUGAAUCUGAUUCGUCCAGCUGUAUUAUCGAUGUCUGUAUCGACACGAGCGUCUAUCAGUAUUGACCAAGCAAUCAACAAUAUGGUCAACCGAACUGGGGUCAUCGGUAUUGCUGCAGCCGGAAACCUUAUGCAGGAAGCUUGCAACUUCUCUCCAGCACAUGCAGCCUCUGUUAUAACUGUUGGAUCCACAAAUUCCCUCAAUGAAAUGAGCUGGUUUUCUAACUACGGUCCUUGCACAACGAUGUUUGCCCCAGGUGAAUUGGUCUACAGCUCAUACUUUCAAAAUGAUACAUCUUAUGCCACUCUCUCAGGGACCUCUAUGGCAUGUCCUCACGUGGCCGGAGCAGCCGCGCUGUAUCUUAGUCAGAAUCCUCUUGCCAAUCCUGUCGACAUAAGACAGAGUCUUAUGGAUGCUACAGAAUCCAAUGCCGUAUCUACAACCAAUUUGAAACCUGGAACAACAACAAGGCUCCUCAACACAAAUACGAAACAAAUUUUCUACAGAAUUAGCCCGCGCUCAUUCUAUAAUGCUUCAGAAAAUUCAACAUACCCAGUUGUGGUUAAUCUCCUCAUAAAACCCGCUACUACGGUAUUUUUGACACCAGAAGUUGACCCAACCAUAGGAUAUUUCUCCCCCAAACUUCUUCUGUUCCCGGCAGAUGCUACAUGGUCAAAUUCGAAAACCAUAAAUCUUGUGCUGCUUCCGAAUUCAGAUUACUUGGACCAUUCUGCCCCGAUACAAUGGAUCUUCAAUAGUAAGGAUACACGUUUCGUCGCAUCGCCAGAAGGCUGGGUAACUGCUCAAGAUACAGGUGUCUGUAAAAAGACAGCAACUAACCGCUGCGGCCAGGAUGUCGAUUAUCCGAAAGUGAUACCUUCACUACCUUUUUACUACAUUGAUGAUUCUUCCCAAUAUCAGGAUAUCUAUAAUGAAUCAUUCGAUGCAAGGUGUCAUAGCAAUGGGCCCGAUUUGUUGUUUCAGUACACACCUUCUGCAAAUACGUUUAUCAAUAUCUCGUUAUGUGGCGCAACUACUCAGUUCGACUCGCUUUUGUCUGUGUAUGAGUACAAAAAGCUUGAGAAGAAGAAUCUGUCUUUGGUCGCCUGGAAUGACGACUAUUGUGGCUCAAAAUCUAUGCUCAUCAAUGUUCCAAUGGUGGCUGGUCACGUAUAUAUUAUAAUGAUCGAUGGAUACCAUGGAGGAGGUGGUCCUUUGGAAAUAUACAUAUAUGGUCUUGGUUCUCCUUUGGUCGCAAACCCACAGCCUGUUCCAACAUCUAUCCCAGUUAUGCUCUCUAGCUUCUUUACAUCUAUCCGGUCAGCCCAGGAAAUCUGCACACUUUGGAAGGGUGCCGACUGUCCACCAGUUCCAGCCCCGUUACCUAUUCAGGCCGAGUUCUUCUGGAGUCCAGUGAGGUGGGGUCCCUGUGACAAGCAUUGUGCUGGUGGUCUCCAGCAAGCAGUGAUGCAAUGCUUCACAGGAAAUUACUCAAAGGUUGAUACAUGGAACUGUGCCCAAAUACCAGUGCCCGUUAUAUACCAGGUGUGCAAUCUGGUCGCAUGUAACAACUACACCAUCUUCGAAGGACCCUGGGAUGAAUGUAAUCGAAGUUGUGGAGCAGGCAUACAGAAGAGACAGGUCAUCUGUAUGGACAACAUGGGGAACACAGCACAUCCAGAAAGGUGUGGCGGAGAAAUUGAUUCUGACAUAAUACAGACCUGUAACCAACAAGCAUGCAACGAGUCACGCUGGGAAGUUGCACCUUGGGACUUCUGCAACGUUCCAUGUGCAGGAGGCAGGAAGUAUCGAACCACUGCUUGUUAUUUAAAUGGCGCGGUUGUAGAUGACGGGAUGUGCGAUAACCUUUUUGCACCUUUGAGAGAGCUAGAGUGCAACACUCAACCUUGUCAAACCUACGCUUGGUUGAUUGGGCGCUGGGAGGACUGCCCAUAUGUGUGCAACGCUACAAAAGAUCGUGUAGUUGCGUGUGUAGAUGGUGGAGGACAAGUGGUAGCGGAUUCAUUUUGUGAUCCUGGGACUAAGCCGAAAAGUAGAACUGCUUGUCAACAACCUUCUCUUGUCUGCGACUAUUGCGGAUAUAACAACUGUUCAAACAACGGACAAUGCAAGAAUGGCACGUGCGCUUGCAUGGACAAGUGGGGAGGAGAUUACUGUGAGAGACCUUUAGUCUGCAAAGGCAAUCCAAUCGGCGUGUUGAAAGAUGGAUCUGUCGGCUGCUGCCCUUAUGCAACGAUCGACGUCAAGCAACACUGCUGUUUGUAUCAUGAUGCAUUUCUAGACGUUAAUGGUGCAUGCUGCGUUGGCUCGCUCGACGCUUGUGGAAUCUGUAAUGGACCUCACAUAUCGGUCGACUCACAAAACCAGUGCUGCCCCUCCAUUCGCGAUGAGAAAGGAAUUUGCUGUCUAAGUGGAAGACUGGAUGAGUGUUAUAUUUGUGAUGGUGAUGGCACGACAUGCGCAACAAAUGUCUCAAUGCUAGCACAUCUGGAUGAUUCCCUUGACGUCACCAGAAAUUCUUCUGUAAAUUGGAAAGCUUUCAUGAUAGACUUUAUGAUGAAGGUUGCCGCCAGACUGCAGGUUGCCACGGAGGCACUAGUUUUGACAGGAGUGGAGACAAUGAACACUUUAGUUGGAGACUGUAGCACGAUUUCUGAAAUGAAGCUUGGCUGUCUUGGAACUGGACAUGCACAGCUGCUUGCAAUAUUUAACUUCAGUGUUCUUCCCAUCCCUUUGGUAAAUUUGACUUUUAUGACAAUUGAAGAGGCUGAUGUCAGUAAGAUCUUGAUGAGCCUUGAUGAUACCCCAAACGGAGAGUUCAUAAAAGGCUUAAAGAUAAAAGAGGUGCAGCAUGUGGCAAGAGCCGGAGUUUGCGGAAACGGAAUGUGCGAGCGGGGUGAAAGAUGUAGUCAGAAUGGACAGAGUUCGACAACAGACGGGCCUUGCUGCUCAGCAGACUGCCCUUAUGUACCUAUCGCCUGUCCAAUCACUCUUGAUGGUCCACGAAGCCAUGUGCCUUGCUCUAAAAACGGCAUCUGCCAUGACGCCAGCGGCCAAUGUGAUUGCUUCGAGGGAUAUCAAGGAGAUGCAUGCGACAUGUGUUUAAAGGGGUACGUAAUGAUUCCAGCCGGGCAGUGCUUAAAAGUUCCAGAUGCGCUUGUAUUAAAGAAUCUGAGCAUGAGCUUCAACGUUUCGGUAAAGAGCACUGAUGGCAACGUACCGAAAGGAAGCUCAGCUGGCAGCGCAAUUGGAGUAAUUAUCUGCAUAAUUAUAUUUGGUGGCGCUUUCUACAUGUGUUGGAAAACUUAUGGCCAAAGUAUAAGCAGUGGACCUGCGGCCCAGGGGGCUCUUCAAGCUCUUGGCUUGGGAGGAGCCAGUAACGCACAGGAUGCCGGAAACAUAUCUGGUGGAGCUGAGGUGGAAAGUGGAUCGUGGAAUGAAACUUCGGCCGGACGGGCGAACAGACAAGCACGAAGGAAUUCUCUGAAGGAAGAAAGGAGGGAGGCCGUGGAAGAGAGGAGGAAAUCCAGGACUCAUGGACCGGAACACAGCGCUGUGAGGAAGUCACUUAUGAUGACACAAGACGCGUUUGGUGGUGUAGGGGCGGGGAGGCCACAAAGUCCACCAGGCUUCUCACCCGCUCCAAUGUCGCAGCAGCAGUGGCCAGGUGGCAUGAUGGGUGAUGGUGGGGUUAUAAGCAACGUCAGAAGGUCACUUGUUGGAGAAUCAAACAAUUACGCGAGAUUGGACGCACCUGGUGGUUACAAGGAUGAAGAGCCUAGUUACAGGCCUUACACGAGAAAUGAGGAGCCACCAAGCUACAAGGAUAUUUCGAAGGACGAAGACCGGCGAUAUCAGAAUUUUCCAUCGUCCUCAUCCAACUUCUUCGAUGGUCCUCCCUCACCAUCGAAUUCGGACAUUUUAUAAUUAUUAUUCUUGUCAAUACCUGUGGCAUCUGGUUUGACGUUCCUGUUGCGACAAGGAGCAGCACCAGGGGGUCGGUAGGACCACAAAAGAGCUUAGCUAGAAGGUUUGUACGGCUCCGUUGUUGACACUGCUCUUGAAAACCCGACAUUUUGAGCCCCAUUGAGUAGAAGUACAGUAUAUGUUUAGAUCACGUACACAAAAUACUGCCUGUCCCAUGUGUUUGUAUGUUGAAGUGAAAUUAAUUAUCGGUUCACGAUGC